AUGUCAUGGAAUAGUGCCUUAGAGCGCGAUAAUAAUAAAAUAACCUCCUAAGGAAUUGGCUUUCUUCAAGAAUAAUUUCUUUCGAACGAUAUUUAUUAUCAUAGAGUUCAUUUUCUCUACAUUGACCUUUAUUCAUAAUUCAAACAUGGAAAGUAAUUCUGUGGUUCAAGGAUUAUGAUUUUUUACUCCUGAAACGCCCAAGAAGGUUAGCAACUAGGAGGAGUCAGCUUGGAGAGGGCAAGCGCGACAUGUAAAACUUUGGUGAGUCAUCUCAAAUGUUUGUAAGACUAGAUGGCUGUUGACAUCACCACUUGGGAGUUAAAAGGGCAGACUUGUGCAUGCCUAAACUCCUUGCUGAAGAAAGAAAAACAUUAAAAUCUAAAUAACUAGUAGCCUUAGAACGCGCAAGUGAGCACUGGGACACAGGCUUUCCCAGCCUCGACUUUUCUAUACCUUCUGAUAUAGAAGACAUUGACUUGCCAAACGAAACAAUAGCCUGUAAUUUUCAGCUCAACCCUUUAGCCCUGUCUCCAGAACCCAUAUAUAAUGAGGUGCGUGACGUCGAGCUGUCCACCCAGUGCUCUCAGUCCAGAAGAGGCAAAACUGUCUGGAGUCCCGAAGAGGACGAACUUCUCAGCCAACUGACCAAAAAGUACAAGAAGCGGUGGGAUAUAAUCAGCAAUUUCUUCCCUGACAAAAAUGCGCAGACAGUCCAACGAAGGUGGGCGAAUAAGCAUGACCCCAAUGUAAUAAAGACAAGAUGGACUACCGAAGAAGACGAACUUAUAUUAAAACUAUAUAAAAACUACGGAGGAAACUGGAAAAAGAUAACUGCUUGUUUAAAAGGAAGGCCAGCAGACGCAGUAAAAAACAGAUUUUACGGGACAAUAAAGAAAAGGAUACUAAAAAAAAAGGAGACUUCGAGUACUAAAACUCCGAGUAAUUUACCUGAUAAAAUAGAGUCUGUGAGCGAAAAAAUCUGGAAGGAAGAACAGAUUAUUGACAGCUUUCUUACGGAGCCAGAUAAAGUUAAAAACAAGUCUGUAGAAAGCGAGUUGUCAUUGGAAAAGCUGAUGGUGGCUGCUAAAGAGGCGAAUUCGCUUUCAGAAGAGGAAAAGAGGCAGAAAAUUCAGGAACUUUAUGAGAAGAUGAUGGCUCUGCAAGAGCAUUUGAAGCAUACCAAAGAUCAGAUUAAGAGUUUAGAGUUCAAGAAGCUAUAG